ACGUCUCUGGAUCGUAGGUGAUGAUGGCGGUGGAUGAGCAACAUCGCUGAGUUCGCUCCUCUGAGCUUUCUAUGUUAAUAUCAGUAUAAAAACUGUCGAAUAAUACAAUUAGUCUCCUUGGUCUCCUAACCAGAGACGAUGGGCAACGAAGGAAGCAUCGAGGGAAGCGGACAACCCGGAGAACCGGGCUCCAUCUCUAUGGUUGGAGCUCCCGGUUCGUUUUCAGCACCGGGCUCUGGACAGCACAUCAAGCCCGCCAAUGGUGCUGUUGCCGGGGGAGGAAUGGGUGGCGGACCGGGGAUGAAUAGGGUUCCUAUAGGGAGUCCUAAACCUGGGAUGCAGCUUGGCUAUGGAGGGGUGGCUGGAGGAAUGGGUGGAGGAGGAGGUCAGAGACUGGCCAACCAAGAGAGCCACAGGCCGAUGCAGCAGUCUAGCUCAGGCCCCGACCAUGGCUCUGGCCCAGGCCAUGGCCCGGGUCAGGGCCAUGGGCCAGGGAUGGGUGCUGGGAUGGGUGGCGGUCAGGGUCAGCAUGGCCAGAGCCCCGGUCAGCCUGGUCAGCACGCCUCCAGACGGAACCUCCAGGUGGACUUCAGCAGCUCGGGAGGCCGGACGGGUCGCUCCUCCUCAGCGUCUCCGGACCGGGGGAUCACCCCCACCUCGCCCUACUCGGUGCCUCAGAUCGCCCCCAUGCCCGUCAGCAAGCUGUGCCCCCUCUGCUCCACCACAGAGCUGACCCACCCGCCGGCCCUGCCAAACUACAACACCUGCACGCAGUGCCGCUCCACCGUCUGCAACCAGUGUGGCUUCAACCCCAACCCCCAUCUCACAGAAGUCCAGGAGUGGCUCUGUCUCAACUGCCAGAUGCAGAGGGCCUUGGGCAUUGACAUGACCACCCCACGCUCCAAGAGCCAGCAGCAGAUCCACUCUCCAUCCCACCAAGCCAAACCCAUAGUCCAGCCACCACCUGUUCAGCCAGCUCAGCCAGCAGCCCAGCCAAAACCCCAGCCUCAGCCCCAGGCCCAGCCCCCACCACAGUCAAAACCCCACUCCCAGCCCCAGCACCAACUCUACGGUCAAUCCCAGCCCUAUGGUCAAUCCCAGCCCCAGGCCCAGCCCUAUGGUCAAUCCCAGUCCCAGCCCUAUAGUCAAUCCCAAUCCCAGGCCCAGCUCUAUGGUCAGUCCCAGCCCCAGUCCUUUGGAAAAACUCAGCCCCAGCCCUGUGGUCAAUCCCAGCCUCAGCAUCAGCCCUACAACCAAACUCAGCCCCAGCCACAUGGUCAAUCCCAGACCUAUGCCCAUUCCCAGCCCCAGCAACAGCCCUAUGGUCAAUCCCAGCCCAAACAACAGCCCUACAGCCAAACUCAGCCUCAGCCAUAUGGUCAAUCCCAGCCCUAUGGUGAAUCCCAGCCUCAGCAACAGCCCUACGGCCAAAGCCAACCACAGCCCCAGCCAUAUGGUCAAUCCCAGCCCUAUGGUCAAUCCCAGCCCCAGCACCAGCCUCAGGCCAAACCCCAAGCUCAGCAUCAGCCACAGCCCUCCCCUGGCCUACAGAGACACCCUAUACCCGGCUCUUCCUCCCUGCCCGGGUCAACGACAAGCUCCCCCCAGCACAUCCCAUAUGGCCAGAGAGGGCCUGGAGGUCCCGGCCAGCCCCGGAUCCCCCAUCCUGGGGCAGUCCCCCUGGUGGGCAUGGCCAAGGCUCCCUCCCAGCCAGACCUGGGCCGAGGCUCCCCGCUGCACCAGGGCGGCCGCCAGGCUGCCAGCGCCGGCUCGUCGCCUUCCCAUCGGCCCGCUGCUCCCCAGGGGCAACUGCCCCAGGAUGGCCUGACCAAACUGUUUGGCUUUGGGGCAUCGCUCCUCAACCAGGCAGCCAGCACCCUGGCCUCUGUGGACCCCCUCUCAGGGACACCAUCCACCCAGCCCUCCCCUGCCAGGGGUGGGCCUUCCAACAAACAACAAGGACCUCCUGGUGCCAAACCAUUCCAGACGGGUGGCCCCCAUGCACCACAGAUGGGUGGCCCCCAUGCACCACAGAUGGGUGGCCCCCAUGCACCCCAGAUGGGUGGCCCGCAAGCACCCCAGAUGGGUGGCCCGCAAGCACCCCAGAUGGGUGGCCCGCAAGCACCCCAAAUGGGUGGCCCUCAUGUACCGCAAAUGGGUGGACCCCACACACCAACUCAGAUUGGUGGCCCGUAUGCACCACAAAUGGGUGGCCCACAUACAUCAACUCAGAAAGCACCCCAACAGCAGCAAUCACCUGUGCAUCAUCAGAAAGGAUCACAGCAACAACAGCAACAGCAGCAGCCGGCCAGACAGGAGCCUGUUCCCAAGCCGGUGGAGCCCGAGACGCCCAAAGUCAACUGCCCCUUGUGUAAGACGGAGCUCAACAUCGGCAGCACCACUGAGCCGCCUAGCUACAACUCCUGCACCCAGUGCCACACUCAGGUCUGCAACCUAUGUGGAUUCAACCCCGCACCUCACCUGGAGAAGAAAGAAUGGCUCUGUCUGAACUGCCAGACCCAGCGACUGAUGUCUGGAGGGCUCCGGGAUCCCUCUCCUGUAUCUCAUCCGUCUCCAAAGCACCAACCAAUGGGUUCUCCACGCCACCAGGCACUGGCCAGUCAGCAGCCUGUUCAGCAGCCACCCUUCCAAAAAUUGACCAAUCAGCAGCAGGAAGGGACGAGACAGAUGCAGCCGCAGCAGCAGAAGCCCCAGACAGCCCUGGGGAGCGGACCUUUCGAACCAACUGCAGCGAAGCAACCUGGAGACACAAAGGCCCCUGUCCAGGCCACACCUACACCUGCAAUCGAGCCCCUGAAACAACCAAAGGCCACGGAAGAGACUACACCAAAACCAGACAAGUUGGUGGAACCCGCCAUAGACACCAAACCGACUCAGAAGAAGGGAGAGCCAAUCACACCAAUAAAAGAGAUAAAGAAGUCAAGAUAUGAUGAGACCAAGAACAGCACUCAGGACCUGUCGCGGAGCCCCCAAAGCCUGAGUGACACAGGCUACUCCUCCGACGGCAUCUCCAGCUCCCACAGCGAGAUCAUCGGCCUCAUCCAGGAGGAGGAGAUGAAGCUGAGCGAGAGGGGCAUCAGCGGGCGUGGCAGCCCCCCCAGCCCCUCCGAGAUCACCAAGCUGGAGAGCUCCAUGAGGCCCCUGCUGGAGUGCAAGACCCUGCCAGUUGAGGAGAGGGAGCGCGAAAGGGGCAGAGGCCGGCACCACCGAGAGCAGAGACCCCGGUCGCUGUCCAUCACCCCGGAGGCCUAUGACUCUGACGAGGAGCUGGAGGACAUUGUGGAAGAGGAAGAGGAGGACGGAGGGGACUGGGAGUCCAAACAGGAGCACAAGAGCAGUGCCGCUCCCAAAGAGGAGAAGAAAGUGGCCGAGCCGGAGCCGAUGACAGAUGAGGAGUUCAUGAGGAGGCAGAUCAUGGAGAUGAGCGCUGACGAGGACAACGAGGAAGAGGAGGAGGACAUGGAGGAGGAGGACGAGGAGGACGAAGGCUACGGCUACCAAAAACCUAAAAAAACACACAAGCACAUCUCAGAGUUGUCGAAAGAGAAGCGCCGCCUCUCUCACCAGUCCAGCAGCUUUGAGGAGGACACCAAAAGCUCCAGCGACAUCUACAAAUGUUCUGCGGAGGAAGGAGAGGAGGGGGGUCUGGGGGGCCUGCGCCGCUUCAAGACAAUCGAGCUCAACAACACCAACAGCUACAGCCGCGACAUGGAGCUCAACAACGAGAAUGACCUCAGCCUGGACCGAGAGCCCGAGCUGGAGAUGGAGAGCCUGACUGGGUCUCCCGAGGAGCGCUCCAGGGGUGAGUACUCCUCCACCCUACCACCCACCACCUCCAGCUACAACUCUGGCACCUCCCCCACCUCCAUCUCCUCCAUGGAGGAAGACAGCGACAGCAGUCCCAGUCGCAGGCAGAGACUGGAGGACGCCAAGCAGCAGAGGAAGGCCCGCCACCGCUCCCACGGCCCCCUGCUGCCCACCAUUGAGGACUCCUCGGAGGAGGACGAGCUGAGGGAGGAGGAGGAGCUGCUGCGGGAGCAGGAGAAGAUGAGGGACCUGGAGCAACAGAGGAUCCGCAGCACGGCCAGGAAGACCAAAAGAGAUAAGGAGGAGCUGAGGGCCCAGAGACGCAGGGAGAGAUCCAAGACGCCCCCCAGCAACCUCUCCCCCAUCGAGGAUGCCUCCCCUACUGAGGAGCUACGACAAGCUGCUGAGAUGGAGGAGCUCCACCGAUCCUCUGCCUCAGAAUACUCCCCCCAGAGCCUUGACUCAGAGGCUGAGGGAUACGAGUCUAAACUCUACAAGUCUGGCAGCGAGUAUAACUUGCCCACGUUCAUGUCUCUGUACUCUCCUACUGAGAAGUCGUCGACGACCUCAACCACCACCACGCCCUCCAGCAGCAAGCCCCUGAAGAGUGCUGAGGAGGUGUAUGAGGAAAUGAUGAGGAAAGCCGAGUUGCUGCAGAAACAACAAAAACAGCAACAGCAGCAGCAACAAGGGAGACACAACAGUGCAUAUGAGGAUGACACGAAUGGCCAACAGUAUGAAGAUGAGUAUGAGUACGAGCAGGCUGAGACUAGUUAUGAAAACGAGGCGGCAGAGACAGGAGACAUCUACGAAGAGAUCCGCCAGACUUCCCAAAACAUCACUAAGAUGCAUCAAUCCUCAGCCCUGGAGUUACAGCAGCAGGCAGACGAGCAGGUGGAAAUAGACGACAGCACCUAUCCAGAUAAGCAGCUUUUAGAUACAGGGUCGGCCUUCGCUAAGCUGCUUGAGCAGACCAAUGACCUAUUGACUCCUGGCAACAGCCCCACUCAGCUCUCUGCACCUGUGACUUUCUCUGAGACCGGAGGAAGGAUCCCUGAUGUACGGGUGACACAACACUACUCCAAAGAUGUCCAUAAAGCCGGGAUGAAGAGCCAGACGGGUAAAAAUGGCAUUACUCCAGUGGCGGCCGCCACCACAAUAGCAGCCUACGGGGUUUAUUCACGGGAUGCAGUGACCAUCUCUCACACAAGUGCUAGUCAAACGAUGACGACCACCCAAACCAUCAUGUAUGGUCGACAAACUGGAGGACCUGCCACUUCAACCACAACCGUCUCAAAUGUGUGCAGCAAGAUAGCGGCGAUAACACAGGCAUACAGCCAAAGAGAGGUGGUUGCGAGGAGGGUGGGCGAGUGCCGAGGGGUCCAAGCUAGAGAGAGUGCGACAUCUUCAGAGCAUGUCAUGGAGCCCCGCUCGCCAAAGAUGUACUCGUACUACAAGAGCUCCAGCCCCCCUCUGUCUCCCUCAGCCUCGCCCACCGAGAGCCCAAGUCCCUCACCCUCCAGGAGGGCCGAGAUAUCCACUCAGACAUUCAGCCCAGACAUAGGGGCUCUGUCGGCUGGUUCGGGGCCCACCUCCCCAGUGAUGGCCCAGGGGACACAGACAUCUCAAAGGGCCCUAUCCCCACGUCUCUUCAGACAGCAAUCCUCCCAGCAUGCCCCCUACAUGGUCGCAGAGCCCACAAGCCCUGCCAAACCAAUGACGGUCAACACCGCCACGUCACCUUUAUCCUCGCCCACCAGAUUCAUCCGACAGUCGACAUUUGACAGCUACUCUCCACAGGCCAGUCCGCCAGACACCCCUCCAUACCACCAGUCUCCUCAGCACAGCUUCUAUAGGAUGCAGAAGCUGGAGAAGGUCAGUGUUGGAACCAGCAUGGUCACCACAGCUAGCACCUACAGCCGUGGUUCCAUGUCUAUGGACAACAUCUCUCUCUGCAGGAUCUCCAGCAUCCCGGGGACCUCGAGUGUCGAGCCAGGCCAGAUGAUCCAUGGUGGGAGUGUGGUGGAUCUGAGAACAGUAGAUCUGAGAACAGCCACUAACGCAGCUCCCAUUAUCAUGACCGCCCAUGGCAUGGAUCUUACCUCCCUGGCCACAGAAACACGCAAAUACACCAGCGGGCCCGAGAGGAGCCACCCCUCCACUAUCAUCCAGCCCCUCAUCAUGAACCUGAACACCCAGCAGCAGCCCCACGUAAUGGUAUCCACUGCAACCACGAUGAGCGUCACGGUGGCCGCUUCCAUGUUCAUAUCACAGCCCCAACAGCCCAUGGUCUAUGGGGACCCUCUACAAAACAGAGUUGACCUCGGUCAGGGCAUGGGCUCAGCUAUGUGCCUGUCACAGAACAAACCACCUCCCAUUGACCCAUCCAUCCCCAAGAUCGACGCCAAGCUGGAGGACCUGAGCAUCCAGCAGCAGCAGCUUCUCCAGCAGCAGCAAAAGCUUCAACAGCAACAGCAGCUCUUGGAGCAACAGCUCCAGCAACACCACCAGAUGCAGCAGCAGUCCUCCGUAGCUCGGUUCAACCUAUCAGGCCAGAUGACGCUGCUCAAGAAAGACCUUCUGGUCAGCCAAACCAGCAAUACCCCAGCCGUGGUCAGUACUAUAUCCCCUGCCGUUGCCCCUGAUAUCUACAGCACUGGAGGUCCCCUGGAGCUGAAGAGCAAACCAACCCCGGCAGGUGUGAUGAACCUGGCUGGGGGUGGGCCUCAUGGCAUGAUGGUCCAAAUGGAUGGAGCCCCACAGGGAGGACCAGUGACCCAGCUGGUGAAGACAGAGGAGGGCCAGGAUGCCGUGGACCUCACAGGGGGGCAGAUCAAAGCUGAGAACCAACCAGCUUGCUGUGAUGUAGUGUACCGCCUCCCAUUUGGAGGUAGCUGCGUUGGUGGACCAUUCUCCCAAAAGCCAAAUGUUGAUGAGAAAGUGGCCACUCAAGAGCCAAGACCACACUCUGUGCCACCACUCUCUUAUGAGUCGGACCAGGAGGGCCAGUAUCAGGAGUUUUCUAUGGACGGGCGUAAAGCCUACACAUUACCAUUCCCUGGCCGGCUACAGCCCUCGAUGUCUGACACUAACCUAGCAGAGGCCGGACUCCAGUCCUACCACUCCAAGAUGGACCCACACUUCCAGACCUCUGGAGAGCUAGCUGUGGACCUCAGCACCAUGAAACACACCUAUGAGGGAGGCUUCCUCGGACUGGGCAUGCAGUAUGGCUCCUACACUGACCUACGCCAUGGAGGAGACAUCACUGUAACUGCCCUGCCCAUACGCAGAUUCAACUCCCUGUCAAACAUCAGCUCUGACUACGGCUACUCCCCCCGAGACCUCGCUAACUUCCAGGAGUCCAACCUAGCCCAGUACAGUGCCACAACUGCCAGAGAGAUCAGUCGAAUGUGCGCUGCCCUCAACUCAAUGGACCGCUAUGGGAGCAACCCGGAGCUUGUGCAAUACGGUGUAGGCAGAGGAACAGGUCCAGGUGGCAGGCUUAACUCUAUGAGACAAAAUAUGCUCUAUGGACCUGACGGGAAGCCAAUCUCUCACACCCAAGCGCUCACAAACAUGAUCAAUGCCAGGCAAGCCAGCCUCCGAGCCAUGUACCCGUCUGCCAUGAGGUCUGCCGAUGGGAUGACCUAUUCUACCAUCAACACACCCAUCGCCUCCACCUUGCCAAUCACUACCCAGCCUGCCUCAGUGCUGCGCCCGCUAUUAAGUGGAGUGUACAGGCCUUUACCCACAGCCAAUAUGACACCUGUGCCUCUGGCCAGCCUCACAAGGAUGCCUGUGAACCCACGGAUGCCUAUGUCUGGACAGGCCCCAUACCGUUAUCCGGCUCCCAACGUCUUCCCAUCUACGACGUUGGCCCCUGUGAGCAUGCCUGCCGCCAUCACCACCACUCAGGAUACCCCAAUCUACCUAGGGAAGCCCUCUGUGACAUCAAGUGGAUCUGAUCCCCCGUAUCAAUCUCCUGUUGCCCAUACAUCAGCCUCAGUGAGCUUGCCAACGGAGUCCGAGCAGCAGCCCAUAAACCUGACCCAGGCUCACCUCCACACUCAGGCCCCAGGGCAGCCCCAGGUCCAGCCUCAGAACCAGCCCCCAGCCCAGCCCCAGCACAUGCAACCUCAAUUCCACCCUCAGGGCCAGCAUCCACCCCAGAGCCAGCCACCUCCAGCCCAUGCUUACCCGCCAACACAAAGCUACACUGGGCCCCAGAGCAGCACCCAGCCCCAUCACCCAACCCCACCCUCCAGCGGCCCUGUCAACCCGGAGACAGAGACUGAGGAGGAGAGGAUGCACCGCCAGCAGGAACAGCUUCUGCAAAUGGAGCGGGAACGCGUGGAGUUGGAGAAGCUGCGUCAGCUGCGUCUGCAGGAGGAGCUGGAGAGGGAGCGCAUGGAGCUGCAGCGGCACCGUGAGAAAGAGCAGAUGCUGGUGCACAGGGAGAUCCAGGAGCUGCAGAACAUCAAGGAACAGGUCCUGCAGCAGCAGCAGGCUGAGAGGGAGAACCAGCUGGUGAUGCAGAAGGAGCAGUUGGCCCAGCAGAAAGCCCAGCUUGACCAGAUCCAGUCGCUGCAGCAGCAGCUCCAGCAGCAGCUCGAGGAGCAGAAGAGGCAGAAGACUGCUGCAGCUGCUGCUGCAGCCACCGCAGCCGCUCAGUUGGACCAGAGCGGCCAGACGCUGCAGCCCUAUGGAAACCAAAUGGGCUUCAGGUCCCUGCCCAACUCCUCCUCAGACAUGUGUCUAAGGAACAACGAGGAGCAGAUGGAGACCAGGACCAACAUGAGAAAGCAGAACUCCACCUCCAUGCCCCGACUGAGGGAUGGAAUGGAGGGCGAGAGCGUUGAGUUCUACGGAGCCCGGAGGAUCGUGGACAGUUGCGUUCAGACAGACGAAGAGGACGGCGAGGAGAGGUACAUCAUGUCUAGGCGCAGACGCAACAGGCGCAGCGUGGACCGCAGCGUCCAGACCGACGACGAUGAGGAGAAAGUAGAGUGGGAGCAGCCUGUGAGACGCAGACGCUCACGCUUCUCCAGGCACUCGGAUCCCGGGGCCGACCACAAGACUGACGCAGCCUCCAAGACGGCCGCCUCAUCCAGCAUCGCCAUUCAGACCAUCCGAGACUGCUCCUGCCAGACUGAAACAGACCAGCUGGGGAAGGUGUCCCCGGCCAUCCACGUCACUGUGCCAGACCCGAACAAAGUGGAGAUUGUCCACUACAUCUCAGGCCCUGAAAGGACCCAGAAGGGCCAAAGCCUAGCCUGCCAAACAGAUGUGGAGGCCCAGUCUCAGGGCGUGGUGGUGCCACAGCUCAGCGUGCCCACCACCAUCAGCCCCUACUCUACGGGUAUCCAGCUGGUUGGCUCCGCCGACCCGCGGCAGCAGAACAGGAGGAGGUCUGACCCCAUGGAGAUCAGCUACCAGACCCAGACCCAGUCCAUGAACCACCUCCACAACGAGUCCCUCUCCAGCCUGAUCCGUCAGCCCCCCAAGUCCCCCCAGGUGCUUUACUCCCCUGUGUCCCCUGUCUCCCCCCACCGCCUGCUGGAGACCUCCCUUUCCAGCGGUGGGCUGAACAAGGCCCAUGUCACUCCCCAGCAGAAGGCCUACACAGCCGAGUCACCCCAGCGCCACCCCAGCAUGCCCCGCCCUAUUAGGAACACACAGAGGUCCAUGUCUGACCCCAAGUUGCUGAGCCCCACCACUGACGAGCACACUAAGGCCAGGUUAAACCUGUACCAGCAACAAGCUCUUCAGAGCCAGCUUGCUGCCCUGCAGCAGAGCGCUCUGAGGAAGGUGAAGAGGACCCUGCCCAGCCCCCCUCCAGAGGAGAGCCACCUCCCCAUCAUCACCCCGGCCCUUCCCCAAAUGUACAUGCCCGCUGUGCCCUCCAUGAGGGCCGGGUCCAGGCCAGGUCUGGCAGCCAAAGCCAGCCUGCUGAAGGACCUCACCCACGAGCUGAAGGCCGUGGAGCAGGAGUCCACCAAGCUCCGCAAGCAGCAGCAGGAGCUGGAGGAGGAGGAGAAGGAGAUUGAUGCCAAGCUGCGCUACCUGGAGCUGGGCAUUCAUCAGCGCAAGGAGACCCUGGUGAAGGAGCGGGAGAGGAGGGAUAUGGCCUACCUGCGCUGCAUGGGCGACCCGCGAGACUACAUGUCAGACAGCGAGCUGAAUAACCUGCGGCUGGCGGCGGCGGUAGCUUCCUACGAGAGCAACGGGGUGCUGACCAGACCGAGCACAGCACCACUGAGCCAGUACACCAGCGACCUCAAUACAGCCGCCCAGUUCCCUCCCAUCUCCUCCUUCGUCUCCUACCAGUCAUACCACCCCCAGAGCCAGCCAGCUCCAGCACCCCAGCCUGGCACCCCUUACCAGACCGCAGCCUUCAACCAGCCCCCCUACCCUUCAGUGUCCCAGGCAGCAGCUCUUCCCCAGCCCACCCCCCUGCAGACCCAACAUCUUCCCCCAUCCUACCAGACCCAGGGGUCCUUCCCCUCCCACACAUACCCCCAGAGCCAGCCCCCCUACCCGACAGAGCAGGGGGUGCAGCCACUGCUCCAGCAACAGCAACAGCCAAGCCACCAUGGGUUCCAGCCUGCCCAGCCUGGCCAACCUCCCUACCCCACCCACACCUCUCCAUACCCCAGCCAGGUGUCCUACCCAGCUGGCCCUAGCCAGACCACUCCUUACCAGCCCCAGGCAGACAUCCUCACUGUUCAUCAGAGACCCAGACAGACCUCUCUGGCUGACCUGGAGCACAAGAUGCCCACUAACUAUGAGGUCAUAAGCAACCCCACUGUAGUGGUGACCACCACAGCCCAAGAUGCCAUCUACUCUUCCUCCAGUGGGGCGCCCCCAUACGGACAGUAUACUGGUGGUACCACUAUGGCCAACACUUAUGGGCCAUACUCUUCUACAGCCUCUAGUACAUAUGGCCAGUACACCACGACAGUUGCCAACACAUAUGGACAGCAGUACACUUCCACCCUGGCCAGUACAUACGGCCAGUAUACCACCACCACAGCUAACACCUACUGCUAUACCACCACUACAGCCAGCUCCUACGGCCAGUACACCACCACAGUGGCCAACAGCUACGGCCACGGCACUCCAUCUGACCGUCUGCACUCGGUUGACAGCCCGUCCACCUACGCACAGGACAGUCUCUACGGCCCAGCCAGCCUGGAGCAGAACAUCCCAAGGAACUACGUCAUGUGCGACGACAUCAGUGAGCUGACAAAGGACGGCCUGGGCGGCAUGGUGGCAGACAUGCAUCGAAGCGACGGUCAUGGUGGACGCUACAUGGGGGAGAGCGGCCCGGCGAGAGGAGGGAGUUCCUACGGCAGGCCGGAGGACGAGCUGACCAGGGAGGAAGACCUGUACGACCACCACAGCAGGGGUAAGAGCAGCUACCACCCACGAGGGUCAGACACAUAUGGCCGAGUAGUGGGCAGCAGCAGCACUAGCAUGGGUGGGGGAUCCGCCUAUUACUAUGAUGACUACACCAAACACGGCGCACAGCGCACCGGGGUCCAGAAGCAGGCCUCCAAGAGCCUGGCUCCGGCCGUCAUGUCCUCCAAGCGCAGCAAGCACCGCAAGCAAGGCAUGGAGCAGAAGAUCUCCAAGUUCUCCCCCAUCGAGGAGGCACGCGACGUGGAGGCUGACCUGGCCUCGUACACCAUGAGCAUGUCGGGCGGUGGCAGCUGCACCGUAGUGUCCCGGGCCAGGAAACUGCAGGACGACAUGGCCUACGGCCUGAGGAAGAGUGCCUAUGAGCAGAAGCGAUACUCCUAUCCCGAGGAGGACGAGCGCAUGUACUACACCUCGGGCCGUUCACGCUCCACAGGCUAUGGCAUGGACAAGAUCUCGUCCCGGGACUAUGCCGGCUACCGCAGCCGCUCCUAUGAGAGAGAUGGGGACAGGGAUCGCUCGUCGUACAGGGCGGGAUACAGUCGGGGCAGACCCCCCAUGCGCUCCCAGUAUUCGGAGGAGGAGAACCUGCUGAGCUCCAUGGGUGUUCAUGUGCGGGCCUCCUCCCUGGGCCCAGAGCUGUACGACAGCCGUAGUAAUCAGUAUUAUGGCCAGUACGGUUCCAGCCACUCCCUGCCUGAUGUGCAAGACCACAUGAGAGACUUGCCCCGGACUCACGUCUACAAACCAGACGAUUCUUACAUUAUAGACGAUAUGCAUUGCGCUGUUUCAGACAGCGAAGUCUGCAUGCCUCUGUCGCCGUCGGACUUGGAGAUUGACUGUGAUCUGCUCUUGGUUUCCAAAGCCUACAAUCUUGGCCAAGAGGAGACAGACUGGUUUGAGAAGCCCAGGGACCUGCGCUCCGGCUCCCGUCACUACGGCAGUGGAGGCCACUCCUCGUCCGGCCGCAGCCGCCACGUCAAGCACACCUACCACGACUACGACGAGCCCCCAGAGGAGGACCUGUGGCCCCAGGACGAGUAUGGCCAAGCCCGUCACUCCUCCUCCUCGCGGGACCACCGCCCCCAUGGCAGCGGCAGCUCCGGGAGACACUCCUCUACGUCCCGCCACUUGGACGAGCCCCGCUCCUCUCGCUCCUCCAAGGGACAUCCCAAAGACCCGUCCAUGCGCCACGACUCCCGCCAGUUGUCCUCGUCGGGAAAGAGGGGCGACUCCCGCUCCCAGGGGGGGUAUCACUCAUCGGACUACUCCAGGGACCCGUCGGGCCACCACCACAGCCAGGGUCGCUCUUCCAAGUCCUCGUCCUCUCACGAUGGGCGGACUUCCUCCAGGAAGCAGCAGGACCUCCAGGGUCACCCUUCCUCUACCUCCAGGGGCCAGGGCAGCUCUGGACGUGGGCAGGGCUCCACCAGUGGGCCUCCAGGCUCCAGGGGACAGGGUCCUACCUCCCAGCAGGAUGGGCUGCAGCCAGGCCAACGCACCCAACUGCAGCAGCAGCCCCAGACCUCGGCGGCACGGCAGACAGGCACCAUCCCUGCAGGCACCACUCCUGGGGGCCAGCAGCCUCUGGGCCCGGGCCAAGCCCAGCAGGGUCUACAGGCGAAGCCUGGUCAGCUUGGUCCUGGUCAGGCCAGUCGCCAGCCACAGGCAGGAGGCACAAUGGGGCAACUGCCAACAACUGUGGCACCUGUUGCAAACACACCCCCUGUGACUGCCAUAGGGGCCAAAGCUGUCAUAGGAGGGGCGGCCCAGCCUGCAAAAACACCUCAACCCCCACUCACAGGAAUAGGCUCCAAGGCCGCCCCUAGACCCGGUGGCAUCGGGAGCGCGGCAGCGGGUCAACCUGGGAUGGAGGGGGAGAGUCUCCUCUCCAAGGUCCUACCAGGAAACCCUGCGGAGGCAGCAGGAAAACUAGGAGAAGCUAUCUCCGGUUUCGGCAAGAAGUUCACCUCGUUGUGGUGAGGUGUUGAGAUGAGGGUGUCUGUAAAUGUUAUGGAGGAUGUCGUGAGGCUUCGUACCAGAAAAACCUAGGAAGACCCCCGCUUUGUUUUACUGUGAGAGAGAGAGAGGGAGGGAGAAAUACAGCGACCAAGAGAAGAUAUCUGAGCGCACUGCCAACGAGGGCAGGAAUCAAUGGAUGCUGCAUGUCCCAGGUCUACGCACACAAUGGCAGAGAAACAAUGCUGAUUUCUCUGGCCGGCCAGACAAACGAUUUGAGGCCCCCAGACUGCAAUGCCCCUAGCCAAAGAACAAGGACACUGACCCCUGAGCCCCCCUGAACACCUAAGCCAUCGGAUCACAAGCCCUGAGGAUCCCUCCAGAGAGAGCCUAGCUGGAUAGAGAGCCUGAUUCCUGCCACUAUCUGGGUGUCACCAGGAUGUCACUCCUCAAGGACCAUCACCUCCCAAACAGCCAUUAUCCUUUGGGGAAUGGGCGCUAUACUAAGGAAUACUCCACCCAGCUGCUCUGUAGGAUGAUGGGAAGGGACCACAGUACUGUGACCCCACAACACGCUAAUGAUGCUAUCCUCUAGUCUGUAGGCUGUCCUCUAGUCUAAUGAUGCUAUCCUCUAGUCUGUGGGCUAUCCUCUAGUCUAAUGAUGCUAUCCUCUAGUCUGUGGGCUGUUGUGCUGCUGCCUGCUGGGGUUCGUAACAGACGUGGCCGUGGUGGCAUGGUAGGAUCCUUGAUUCCGUAAGCCUGUGCUCAGAUUAAAAAACACACAGACACACUCUCCUCUCAUCUCUUAAAAAGAAAAGAGAAGAACAGGUUUUUCUGGUACUAAAGACCUCCUGUUUAAUUUGGAUGCUGAUAAUUUAGGAAAGAAGAAGAAAAGACAAUAAGGAUGACUUGGUUGACAGAAGCUAGGAGGAAGUCUCCACAGUUUGCUCAGUUUUUUUCUCUACAUUCCAGAAUGGAAAAAAGCCCCGUUUUUUUUAAUGCUGAUUCGAUGGAUUCAUUUUUUCCCCUCUUGCAAUGUGUCUAAGAAGUGGA